CGAGCGUCACGGGAGCGCGAGCCCCGCCUGCAGGGGGAUUAGCACGCGCUAAACCUCAGAUCCGCGCGCUCUGUCAGGUAACGCCGCAAACAGCAUCCGCGACUAACCUAACAGCACAAACAAGGAUAAAUAAAGGUGUUGGUUUGAUCUAAUUAGGUUUUCGCGACACCAGCCGACAGGUCGGUGUCUGGACUUGCAAGUUUCUACGCUGUGAAUUGUCAAGUGGUUAAUUUCAGAGUGGGUUCAUCUGCGCGGUGGGUCGCGUCUUUUAAAGAGGACCAUGUUCAUCAUAUUCGAGAGUGACGGGAGCGCGCGAGUCAGAGUCGCUCGCGAGGAAUGACGCUUCAGACUUUGACCAAGUGAUAUCAAGUUAAUUACCUGAUGGACUAAAUGAAGAAUGCCGCACGUUUGGGAGUUCAUACUGAUUCUCAACAUUAAUGUCGUCUUUGUAGAAGCACAGCCUGUGUCAUCAAAGCUGCACGAUGGUUGGUGGGCAUACAAAGAUGUUGUCCAGGGGAGCUUUAUACCAGUGCCAUCUUUCUGGGGACUAGUUAACACUGCCUGGAACCUGUGCACGAUUGGGAAGAGACAGUCGCCUAUCAACAUCGAAACCAGUCGAAUGAUUUUUGACCCCUUCCUCAAUCCUCUACGACUCAAUGCAGGGCAACGGAAGGUCAGUGGAACGAUGUAUAACACGGGCCGACAUGUGUCCCUGCGCCCAGACAAGUCACACCUGGUGAACAUCUCUGGCGGGCCGCUGAGCUACAGCUACAGGCUGGAGGAGAUCCGGCUUCAUUUUGGCACCGAGGACAGUCGGGGCUCUGAGCACCUGCUCAACGGCCAGGCCUUCCCUGGAGAGGUGCAACUCAUCCAUUAUAACCAGGAUUUGUAUUUAAAUUACAGUGAUGCCGUCCGGAGUCCUAAUGGAAUAGCAGUUGUUUCUAUCUUCAUGAAGAUUUCAGAGCCUACAAAUGUAUUUCUAAACCGUAUGCUGAGCAGAGAGACCAUUACAAGGAUUACAUAUAAACAUGAUGCAUACUUACUGAUGGGGCUCGAUAUUGAGGAGCUGUAUCCCGAAACCUCCCGUUUUAUCACAUAUGAAGGGUCGAUAACUAUUCCACCGUGCCUUGAGACAGCAACCUGGAUAUUAAUGAAUAAGCCAAUCUACAUCUCCCAGAUAGAGAUGCAGUCCCUUCGUCUCCUCAGCCAAAACCAGCCGUCUCAGAUCUUCCUCAGUAUGGGUGACAACAUGCGGCCGACGCAGCCACUGCACCAGCGCUGCAUCCGCACCAACAUCAACUUCAGUCAGAGACGGGACUGUCCUAACAACCGUGUGCUGAGGCUGCAAUACAGAGUGAAUGAAUGGCUUCUGAAGUAACAGCUUGACGUGGAAUAGUUACUACAGCAAUCUGGUAAUAGGUGAAGAAUAUGGCCAACAGACAGAAAAAUGGGAUACAUACAAUGAGAUGAAGACAAAGGACUUAACUCUUCUACACACACACACACACACACAUACACACACACACACACACUCACUGGCCACUUUAUUAGGUACACCUUGCUAGUACCGGGUUGGACCCCUUUUGCCUUCAGAACUGCCUUAAUUCUUU